UUUUCACUGUGGCAAGUUUAAGCCAUUCGCUAAUACUGCUGCGGAGCCCCAGAGAGAUGAAGCCCUCGCCGCUCUGGGGAGUUGAAUUGCACACCGUGGCGGGGCGGUGACGGGACUGGACUGGACGGGACUGGACGGGGCGGGACGAGUCCGCUCUCAUCCAGCUGUGUGGACACGCCGGCUCCGUCAGUCAGUGCUGCUGUUGUUGCGGGUCGACAAACAGCUCGUCGUCAGUGUCUCCUCCUCCACACCGUCCGUGGACAUCCUGCCAACCACUGUCAGACACGGAUAGAUAGAGCCCGUCCCCGGCAGGUGUUGGACUCUCCUCUAUUUUUCUCGUGUUUUUCCCUCGUUAAACAAAAUCCCGCUUCCGAGUGCUCGAAUAUUAUGAAGGCAACAGUGGACUUUUUCGUUCGCACGCUGCUUCUUUAUCACGUUCCCAAUGUUUUCUUCACUGCUGUGUUGGGGCAAAGCAGUAUGGAGAGCGUGGUGGUGGCCGUGUACAACAUCAGCGCACCUCUCGGCUCACAGGCAGUAUUGCAAUGCCACAGCCGGCGCAUGGUGUGGACCCAGGACCGCUUGAAGGAUCGGCAGCGUGUGGUGCACUGGGAUCUGUUCCGCAGUGCCCCCGACUACACAAUGGAACGGGUCCUGGACAUGUUUUCCGCCGGGGAGCAGCGCAUCUACAACAAUUACAACAAGGGCCGCAUCAGUAUGCCCAAGACGGCCUUCCGUGACGGCAAUUUCUCCCUCGUCAUCAGAGAUGUGCAAAUGAGUGACAAGGGCAUUUAUUCCUGUAACUUGCACCACCACUACUGCCAGCUAUACGAGUCUCUCAAAGUGCAGCUUAACAUCACCAAGUCUCCACGUAAGCAGAGGCAGUUCUGGGAUGGAGAAAAGGCUGUGUAUGUGGUCCUGGUGGGUAGCACUGUGGUGUUGCCCUGUGUGAACCGCAGGCAGGUGUGGACUGAGGGACACAGCGAGGAGGAGCAGCAGGUGGUCCACUGGGACAAACAGGCCCCUGGCGUCCGGCAUGAUCGGGCCGACCGCCUCAUUGACAUGUAUGCCUCGGGAGAGCGUCGGCAGUAUGGACCGCUCUUCCUGCGUCAGAAGAUGAAUAUCUCAGACGAGGCUUUUUACCUGGGUGACUUCUCCCUCAUAAUCUCCAACCUCCAACCCUUGGAUGAAGGCAUCUACUCCUGCCACCUACACCAUCAUUACUGUGGCCUGAAUGAGAGGCGUGUCUUCCAAGUCACAGUGGGACCUCCCCUGCUCCCCAACCUCUCAGCUGCCCCCCAUAUUCUCCCCAAUGACGACACCGGCACUAAUGCUGUAGAGGUGCCGCGGGUCAUCAAUGUCAUCCUUCCCGAGCAACGUAGCCACUUCCUGCAGCAGCUAGGCUACAUCCUGGCCAUUCUCAUUUUUGUGGCCCUCAUUAUCAUUGCUAUAAUUCUGCUCGCCAGGCGGCACAAGAAAAAAGACAUGCAGUAUGAGCUUCGCAGAGCUGAACGAGGUCCCAUGACCAAUGACUUUGAGAUGGAAGUCACAGAACUGAAAAUGUGCAACCAGGAGGAGAUGAGGCUGGACUACAAGAACAACAUCCUCAAGGAAAAGGCUGAGAUGUCUAAAAUUCCUCCAGCUAAAGUCAUUGAUGUGGACAAAGAGGUGGAGAGAGCAGCAUGGAAGUGAGGUGCACAUUGCCGCUGGCUGGCCCAGGGCAGAUACAGAGAGAGGGAAUGGACAAAGAAAGCAAACAUAGGGAUUUGUGCAGAAGAAAGAAGAAGAGUGGAGGAGCCUUACUGUUUCAACACCACUGCACCAGCUGAACUCAUUUUUAGACUUUUCUCUACUCAUUUGUUGCAGCGAUGAUGGUCUUGGCUUUUUAUUUGCAGGGCUAUAAGUUAAGGAGCAAAAAUUAUUGCUGCAGCACUCUGAGAGGUUUUAAGGUUUGUAUGUUCUAGCAUGUGACGAUGACUUCACGCAAACAAGAGGUCACAGGCUUCACAAAGUUUAAUAAAGGCUUUUAUAAUAUUCAGCUAAACUAUGCAAGUAUUUCACAGAACCUUUAAACUCAUAGAGAUGCAUACUUUAUUGCUCUAAGAUGGUCAUGUUUUUCCUCAGAAUUUAUAAGAAAUAAGAAGGAUUUUAUUAUCCUAUUUUGUGAAAGCUACAUCUUGGAACCAGCAGGCUGUGUUUUGCUCCAAGCUGUACAUUUCCAACCACUGUCUUUAAAAUGCUACAUAUUGUAUACUACAGUUUUUUUUUUGUAGUAAAUGGUAUUUUUUCGUAAACGGUUUAAUGUUGCAGUAAAUGAGAAUCACCCUGAUGUGUAAAUAACUAGUGCUCUGAGAGCUUGACUAGAUUAUCACUUACUCUAUAUCAUAAGAAGUUUUUCAAAUGCUUAUAAAAAGCAAAUAUCUAAUUAAACUUUCAUUUGCUGUCCUUCAAAAUGCCAGAUUUUUGUAUUGACGAACUGCAAUUUAAUAUAUUGGUCCUUGUUCUGUAAGUAGGAGAGGGUACAUGUUGUGAUAAGUAUCUGUAGUUUGCUUCAUUUUUAAGGCAAAUUAUGGGACAUUGACAUAAUGCAACAUAAUUACUUUGAUGCCUUUGAAAGAUCCUGGAUUCUACAACCUUGUGACCAUAUCCAUGUCAAAUUAUAAUUUCAUGUGUCUUAUGAGUUUUAUCAGUGAUGAUUGGAAAAUGUAAAUAUCAAUGCCAAAAUAAUUAAUGCAGCUGGAAUUUGUUAAAAUUACAAACCUUGUAGUUCAUCUCAUUAAACACUACUCCACACAGCACAUCAACACUGAAUCUGCUUGAGAAACACUCAUGUCAUUCCUAAAGAACACUUAAGCCCAUUUAUGUGGCGUUCCUAUCUCUUUCUUGUAGCCAUUGUUCCUCUCUCCUUGUUUCCACCCUAUUAUUGUUAUGGAUUCACUGUAUCAGCAUUGUGUUUAUGCAUAGCUCGCACUUGUUUAUCUCAGUGUGCCUAUUCCUGCUCAUGGUCUUAUUCAUUAACAUCAUUUGCUUUAUGUCUUUAUAUUCAUUAAGUAGGUAGAACAAGCAGAAAUGCAACUGAUUUUAGCUAUAUGGACAUCAGCAAAUAAAAGUUAAUCCAUACCCAGUGUUAUUACCUUAUGCAGAAAUAUCAAUGCUAUUACACAAAACUGCAUGUUUGUGCAACCCAUGUACACAAAUUCGCAUGAACCUACAAUACUAACUACUGUACUCACCUACUUUCUUUUGCAAUAGGUAUUGCCAGCACAAAGAAAAUUCAAAUGGUGAAUAAUGCCUUGGGCAAUUCCCUGACUGCAAAUAAAAACUAAAAAUUUUAAUAUAUUUUUAUAUAGUACACUGUAACUUCAACAUUGUAACAGUUAUGUUUUGCUGUAUUGGACUGUGUCAUUUAGUAUAGGUUGAUAAAUUAGUUUCACAUGACUUACAUUUAUUCAUUUAGAAGAAAUUUUUGCACUUUCCUGUAUGUUUCAGCAAGGUUUUACAAUCUUAUUUCCAGUAAAUGAUAUGGCAACAAAAGUCUCUGCAACAACUAAAAUCCAUAGACCCACAAGCUGUAUUCUGCUUGUACUUAGUCUGACAUUUGUGUAAUUGCGUCUAACAGUCUUCACGUGAUUUUUUUAAGAAGGCAAAAGAACUGGUCAGUAAUUUUUUUGUCUCAAAGCCUGAAAGUCAAGGCCAGUUUUGUGUUCUAGUUGGUCAGUAAAGAAGGGCAGGAGCAGUACGAGCUCCAACUAGUCUAGAAGGAUGAUUCUGAAGACUGUAAUAAUUUCAGAAGAUGUGUGUAAU